CAAGUUUACCGGGGGCUGCUAUCUGGGCGAGUAAAAUGAUUGCCCACGGAGUUGUCAUUUUAGUUUAGUUACUCAUUUCCACACCGGUCGCUACUAUAUUUAGUUACCCGAUUCCGUACCGGUCGUUGCCAAAUACUGUUGCGGUAUAAACAAACUAUGUUGACAUCUUUGUUGACCAUCGCCGGUUUAGCAUAGUGCGGCUAGUUGUUUUUGUUUAUUAUCGUCUCGUAUUUUUGAUUAACAGUCCGUGUGUUUCAAUUAUCGGCUCGAUUUUGUGAAAUUUGCAAUGGAAGUGGACUUCGCCCUAUUCUCAUCAGAUUCCAGCGAGGAUGAGCUGGAACUCAUGAGCCUGAUGCUAAUCCAAGCACAGUCCGUGAUGGCCGAAACGGAACCGAGUGACCGUAAUCGACGUCAGCGGCGACCAAACAUAGACCGAUCUGCAGAGGAAGGGGCACAACGUUUGAUUGCCGAUUAUUUCGCGGAUAAUCCGACGUACAGUAGCGCACAAUUUCGCCGGCGAUUCAGAAUGAGCCGCGAACUGUUCAGGCGCAUUGUCAUGGAUGUGGAAACGGCAAACAUAUAUUUUGUCCAACGCGCCGAUGCUACAGGAAAACGAGGAUUGAUCGCACUGCAAAAAUGCACUGCAGCCAUGCGCCAAUUAGCGUAUGGGGCCCCCGCCGACGCAGUCGACGAAUAUUUGCGUCUGUCCGAAUCGACCGCUCGCAAUUGUUUGUUGGAGUUCUGCCGUACGAUCGUAAAUGUUUACGAAAAAGAGUAUUUACGAUCUCCGAACGAGGGCGACCUGGCCAGAUUGAUGAACGAAGGACGAAAGCGAGGAUUUCCAGGGAUGCUUGGGUCGUUGGAUUGCUGCCACUGGGAGUGGAAAAACUGCCCCACUGCUUGGGCCGGGCAGUACAAGGGAAAGGGGAAAAAGCCCACCAUUGUUCUAGAGGCAGUGGCAUCCCACGACCUUUGGAUCUGGCAUGCCUUCUUUGGAAUGCCAGGUUCCGCCAACGACAUCAACGUUCUAGAACGUUCUCCAUUGUUCUCCGAUGUAUACUGCGGCAGAACUCCUCCUGUGCAGUUUGAAGUCAACGGAACAACAUACACUACAGGGUACUACUUGGCAGAUGGGAUUUAUCCCCCAUUGUCAACUUUGGUACAAACUAUUCCCACUCCAUUUGGACAAAAACGGAAGCAUUUUGCCAAACUCCAAGAAGCGGCCAGGAAGGAUGUGGAACGUGCUUUCGGGGUACUAAUGGCACGCUUUGCCAUUUUAAAGAACCCUGCUAGGCUAUGGCGCAGAGAAGAUUUGGCAACAAUCAUGCGUUGUUGCAUCAUAUUACAUAAUAUGAUUAUCGAACACCAGCGUGAUGCUUCGACAGAACCUGAAAAGGACUUCUGGGUCAACGAUGGCCCUUUGAACAUGGGAUUCGAAGGUGGCAACUUUUCCGGUUUCCUUGAAAGAUACGAAAAAGUCCAUAAUGCAACGACGCAUAAUCAGCUUCAGCAAGAUUUAAUCGAGCAUUUAUGGACAAUGAAAGGAGAAAUGGAAUAA